AUGAAAGGCCUGAAGACAGCAGCAGCAACGGAUCGACUGCAGCAGCAGCUGCAGCAGCAGCAGCAGCAGCAGCAGUUGCUGCUGCAGCAGGAUGAUGUGGGUGUUUCUGCUGCUUCUGCUGAGGCGCUGCAGCAGGCGCAGCGCGACACACCAGAACUGCAGCAGCAGCAGCAGCAGCAGCAGCAGCAGCAGCAGCAGCUGUUGCUGCUGCUGCAGCAGGACUGCAGCAAAGCUCGUAUAUUAGCUUCUAUGAAAGGCCUGAAGACAGCAGCAGCAACAGCAGCGCAGCAGAGACUGCGCGAAGCAAUUAAAAAAAGAGACAGCAUGCAGACUGAGGAGCAGGAGCAGCUGCAGCAGCAGCUGCAGCAGCUGCAGCAGCAGCUCGAUAGGGGGAAGGAGCAGCAGCUGGCGCAGCAGCAGCAACUUGCUGCUACGAAGGCUGCGCUGCUGCAGGAGACAGCAGAAACUGAGCAGCAGCUGUCUCUCUACAAGGAGCAGCAUAGGGCUCUGCUGUCUGGAGGCCUACAGCAGCAGCAGCAGCAGCAGCAGCAGCAGCAGCAGCAGCAGGAGCAGUCGCAGGAGCAGCAGCAGCAGCAGCAGCAGCAGCACAGCAGCGCAGCAGCUGCUGCCUGA